AUGGCAUGUCCAAGAGGAAGGACAUCAUUUCUCCUUUGUUUCUUUCUGAUGAUUUGCCUCAUGGCUCAGUUGGGAGCUUCCAAUGUUGUACUCAUGGCGAACAACACUACCUUGUCGUUCGAUGACGUCGAGGCAACUUUUACUCCAGCAGUGAAAGUUUCAGGUGUAAAUGGUGUACUUUAUGUUGUGGAACCUAUGGAUGCAUGCAGUCCAUUGAGAACAAAAGCGAUCAAAGGCUCUGUCUCACCAUUUGCGUUGGUUAUAAGAGGCGGAUGCCAAUUCGAUGACAAAGUUAGAAAUGCACAGAAUGCUGGAUUCAAGGCUGCUGUAGUAUAUGACAAUGAAGACAACGGCGUCCUUGUUUCAAUGGCUGGAAGCUCGUCUGGAGUCCACAUAUAUGCAGUGUUCGUCUCUAAGGCAUCAGGGGAGGAGCUGAAGAAAUAUUCAGGUCAAACUGAUGCAGAGUUGUGGAUAAUAGCAACAUAUGAGAACUCAGCUUGGUCAAUCAUGGCAAUUUCAUUUAUAUCACUGCUUGCUAUGUCUGCUAUCCUAGCUGCUUGUUUCUUUUUGCGGAGACACCAGAUAAGACGGGACAGGGCUCGACUUCCCCAAGCUCGGGAGUUCCAUGGAAUGAGCAGUCAAUUAGUUAAAGCAAUGCCAAGUCUUAUUUUCACAAAAGUGCAAGAAGACAACUGUACAUCAGCAACAUGCGCCAUUUGCUUGGAAGACUACAGUGUUGGAGAAAAACUAAGAGUGCUACCUUGUCGACACAAGUUCCAUGCAGCUUGUGUGGACCUAUGGCUCACCUCCUGGAGAACAUUCUGCCCUGUAUGCAAGCGGGACGCAAAUGCUGGAACAUCAAACCCUCCUGUAUCAGAGUCUACCCCUUUGCUUUCAUCAUCUGCCAUUCCCUUACCAGAAUCAACUGCUUUGGCUUCCUUCCAGUCUACAGUAGCAGCAUCUCCCCCCAGGCCAAUCAGCCGGCAUCCUUCAUCACGGGCCAUAUCCCGCAAUUACUCCAUUUCGGGUUCCAGUAUCCCUCGCACCCCUAACCCUAGGUUUUAUGCAAACUCAUCUCCUAUCUGCACAAGCGGAAGCAAUUUGGACCUUGCAAAUAUAUCAUCCUCAUGGUCUCGCACUUCGCACCUUGCAUCUGCUCACUCUUUGUGCGGUGGCCACUUGUCCCCACCGAUUGACAUCAGAAAUACCUCACCACACAUCUCCCGUUCAGCCUAUGGAUCUCCCAGUCAUUACAUAGGCUCAUCACACAUGUCCCAUGGAUCUCUGAGUUACUACCUUGGAUCUUCAGGGCAGCGGAAUCCUUACCUGAGGCACUACACGUUGUCAGGCCCGAGCCUGUUCACCAUGGUGCCCCAGUCACCGCAACAGAACCAGUUGCAGCACGGUGGAGACUCGGAAACAAAUCUGUCAGCUGCUGCAUCAACUCCGUCAUUCCGUCAGCUCUACCUGCAGCAUUGCCCUGAUUCUGACACGUCAUGUCAGUCGCUUCCAGGGUGCUGA